GUUUUAAGAGUGUAUUUGUUAUACAUCAGCACUGAUAUAUAUAUAUAUUUUGUUUGUCACGGUUGUCUUAUGGAACUAUAAUGAAAUAUCUGUGGUACAAAGUCCAAAAGUCCAGUAUCAAUCUGUAAAUUCGGUGUCAUUCUGGUCUAUAUGUUAAGUUUCAUUUUCUCUCAUCACUUAACUAAGGAUUAAAAUUGUAUCAAAAACUUUAUACAAAAAUGGGAAGCACCUUUGUACCGAGACUUUUGGUGAAUCGAAUUUUUGCUGCAGAAUUUAGAAAAAAUAUAAGUAACACAGUUCCAAUUAAAAAAUUUUACUCCUCAGCAGCAGCAGUUCAGAAUUAUGAAUUCAUUAAAGUAGAAACUACUGGUGAGAAAAAAAAUGUUGCUUUAAUUACAUUAAACAGACCAAAGGCAUUAAAUGCCUUGUGUGAUAAAUUGAUGACUGAGGUUAAUGAGGCAGUUAAAAAUUUGGAUAAUGAAAAUUCAAUUGCCGCUAUUGUUAUUACUGGAAGCGAAAAGGCAUUUGCUGCUGGUGCAGAUAUUAAAGAAAUGCAAAAUAAUAACUAUUCAGAUUGUAUUAAAGGAAAUUUCUUGACACAUUGGAAUGGUGUGUCAGUUGCAAGAAAACCUAUUAUUGCUGCAGUUAAUGGUUAUGCACUUGGUGGUGGUUGUGAAUUAGCCAUGAUGUGCGAUAUUAUAUACGCAGGCGAUAAAGCACGAUUUGGUCAACCAGAAAUUACGAUAGGAACAAUUCCUGGUGCUGGUGGUACUCAAAGAUUGACUAGAGUUGUUGGUAAAAGUAAAGCUAUGGAAAUUGUUCUCACUGGGAAUCAAAUUAAUGCGGAGGAAGCUGAAAAAUGCGGACUCGUAAGUAAAGUAUAUCCAGCUGAUAAACUUGUUUCUGAGGCUAUAAAACUUGGCGAAAAAAUUGCAUCUCAUUCUCCUCUAAUAGUUUCAAUGGCAAAGGAAUCGGUAAAAAAAGCCUAUGAAACAACUUUAGAAGAAGGACUUCAUUUUGAGAAAAGAAUGUUCCAUGGCACAUUUGCCACGGCUGAUAGAAAGGAAGGAAUGACAGCGUUUGUGGAAAAGCGCUCUCCAAAUUUUAAAAACGAAUAAAAAAUUGUUUUAAGUUUUUUUAUAAUGUUCACACUCACCGCAAUAUUGCCUGAAUCAAAUCGUUUUUUUUUUUUUAAAUAUUUUAUAGUAUAUUUUUAUAAGAAAAUAAUUUUUUAUACACAUAAACCGUUAUUGUUACUCAAUAUUUUUACCUGUUAAAAUAACAAUUGCAAUUUUUAUAAUAAAUGCUAUAAGAAUUAAA